UGGAAGACUUCGACCUCGACAUUUGGAGGUAAAGCUCGCUCCAACGUUAACAGGCUACGAAAGGCGAAUCCCUACCCGUAUUCUUAGGUCCGUGCAUCCAAACCACCACACCUGCGCAGCCAAGAAACGCCCCGAAGUCCCGCAGACUCGUCGCGACAAGCCUAGAGGACCCACGACACAUACACAACUCGCUAUGGCUACUACCGAGUCGCUGCGCACCGGCAUGCGCUCCGUGUACCUGCCGCAACAUAUUGUCGUGCUCGUGCACGGUAACAACGGCUCGGCCGCCGACUUCGACGCCAUGGAGGCCGCUUUGCUCACCAAGUAUGGCAACCGGCAGCUACUCAUCAUUAAAUCGAAAGCCAACGAGGAAGACACGUCGCUAGGUGUGGAAAUUGGCGGCACGAGACUCGCCAAGGAGGUCGUGGAGGCAGUUUUCGAGUACGACCUGAGUCCUGCCGUAAACAGCUACAAGUUGUCGGUCAUUGGACAUUCAUUAGGCGGACUGUAUGCGAGAUACGCGAUCGUCCAGAUCAUGGACGCGCUGAGCUGUCUACACGUGGAAUACGUCGACUUCGUCACCAUUUGCACGCCCCAUUUAGGCUCCAGGAGGGCUAGAGGACCGUCCACCAUGAAGAAUAUCCUUCGACUUGGAGUUCAUAAGGUAUUAGCGUCGUCGAUAUACGGACAGACAGGCAUUGAUCUGCUGCUUGAUGGUGAGUGGUCGUAUCGCUCGAUAGUUUCGCAAGAGCAGCAACAAGGAGGGGUGACAGGUGCAGAGACCGUGGCGUCACCUCGUCCCCUGCUUGAAGUUAUGAGCGACCCCAGCACCGAGUUCGUCCGUUCGCUUAGACGUUUCUGCAAUGGAACAUUGGUAGCAAUGACCGACGGCGACGUGGUUGUACCCUAUCCGUCGGCUUCCAUGCGCAGUCAUAGUCCAUACGCUAGCACCUUUUUGACCGAACGCUAUAUGGAUUGGCGAUGGCAUAUCCGCCACUCUGGCUUCGCUGGAGUGGAUGCUUGCGGGCGCACUCACUCUGCAUACGCAGCAUUCUUGGAACGUCUCAACUCGAAAAUCGAUACGUCAAUUGAGAUCGAGGAGCAAGAACUGGGACUUGAUGCAACAUGUGCCCCACGACACCCUAGUAUUGAAGGCUUUGCCUGCGACAACAAGCAAGAGGUCGAGUUCCCGCACCAAAUGUUGUGUCAUUUGCAACAAGUGUUGCCAUGGAGACGUAUUGACGUGACAGUGGAGCCCUGUGGAAUGAAAGGCAAGAUGCGUCUACAUGACUGGCCAAUUAACAAGAUGCAGCCUCCAGACUGUCGUGCGGACGAAUUCAUUGAUCUCCUGAGCGAUAUGAUCGGAGCAGACCACCAGAUGCGUCCCUUGACGACGCCAGACACAAUUGGGAUGGUGCAUGAAAGCCCUGCACUUGCAUUGGCACAUCGACUCAAGAAUGCUGCCAAGAGAACGGACAAAACGAGUAGCGAAGAAAGCAGUGGAGACAGUGAUGCUGAUGCACAUCACUCUGGGAUGACGUCGCCCACAUCAGGCUCGUCAGCUGCAUCCAGCGACACGAACAACGAGCUGUACCCAGUUCGUGUAUAG